CAUGUGUGUUUUAGAAGAGUUUCUCGUUCCCCACGAGGAACAAGCAUCGCUCAAAAGCAACCUCGAAUUCUUUCUCAACGGCAUCUUUUCCAAAGGUGUUCCAGUGUGUUUCCUUGGCUUGCGAGAGGUCGUAUCAACAUCAAUAGCUCUAGCUAGCUAGAAGCGUAACAUAGCAUACCGGUAGAGGAGAGGGGCUCGUCUAUGGUGUUCACAUACAUACCGGUGCAAUCGAGAAAUUGUUGUACAUUAGCAAGGUUAUUCUAAGAAGACACAAGUACCAUGGCAUCCUCAGCGGACAAUGGGUCGCCAGACACGACGACCACUUCCGAGUCUUUGGUACUAGUAGAUCAAGCCCACGAGUUGCUACAAGAGAACAACAACAAGACACUGAAGCAGCAUGACCUGGACAAAGUUUUGUCACUGUAUCAAAAAGCCCUGACCAUGAAAAGCUCCACUUUGGGCCCCAAUCACUCUUCCGUGGCAGAACUCCACUGUUUCAUGGCCAGGGCAUUGAUACCGCAGAGGCACUACACGGCCGCCAUGGAACAUUUUGUUCUGGCCAAGGAGAUUUAUACUUCCGACCACCAAGAUAAUACUUCUCUAGAUGCUGCCAUUCCAAAACUCCAACGGGAAAUGGACGAAACAUUGGAUCUCAUGGUACAAGCUGCCAAUUCGGCCAUGAUGCAUGGGAUGGAACUGCAACAGGCCACCACACACAAUCAUGCCAAUACCGAUGCUGCUUUGUGGCAAUUCGAAUAUGCCCAUUCUCUAUUAACUAGUGUGGUAUGCAAUCAUCAUCCACCAAAAACUACUACUACGACAACAACCAACAAUACCAAGGAGGAACAAACAGAAAUGCAAUUCAUCAAUUCGUUGGCGUUGGUCGAUGUCUGUCGAGUAGUGGCAUCGGUCCAUGUCAGUCUCAGCCAAUAUGGUCAAGCUUUGCCCUAUCUACAACAAGCACAUCAAGUACUGACGUCCUUGUUGGGAAAAGACGAUCCGAGAACCCACGCCAUGGCACAGGACAUGGCCACGGCUCGAGCAUUAACGUUCAAACAGCAGGGUGCGCGGGAACAAAAAAUGGACGAUAAUUCCAGUUCCAAACAAGACGACCACUCUACUAGUAAUGUUCCUCUGCAUUGGUUUGAACAAGACGACUUUGAGUUGGAAAAUAAUGAUACUGAUACCACCACCACGACAACAGUAGAAGACAAAAGUGCAACCAACGAUGAUGCGUCAACAACAACAACUUGCAUGGGUGUCAGUGUGUCCUGGAUCAAACGAGGAUUCUGGAAGGAGCUCCAAGCGCUCCACCAAUUGACAACCAGGGAUACCAUGGCUCGUGUCCGUCAGGUGGUGGCGGAAAAUGAAUCUUUGGCCAAACACGACAAGGGACCCGCAUCCGUCAUGGUGGUCUAUGCCGACGAAUCCACCAUUGCCGAUGUCAUCAAUACGCUCGAUGAUUACUGCCGCACGCAUGGUCUCAAGGAUAGUCAAGUCCAUGUCUGGAUGCAAUGUUUUAAUAAUACGUCCCAGCAACAACAACUAUCAAAACAAGAACGAGCCAAGAGGAUUCAAGCCAUUGGCCAUGUCCUGGCCAUUUUGACACCCUGGACGCAUCCGUUGAUUUGGACACAGCCGUCGUGUCUCUCCGAUAUCCAUGUGGCGCAGGAAACGACGGGUUGCAAAUUGACAUUGGUCUUGCCGCCGGCUCAAACGGCAGCGGUAUCCGAUGCGUUGGUGGGGGUAGAUCCAUCCGCAUCGAUUGAGUUGCUCUAUCAGGCAUUGGAAAAUCUGGCAGUGGUGGUAGACAAUACUACCGAGGAUGGCGAUGAUUCUUCCAUCACGACGAAAACAACUCGACAACAUCGAAUCCGUCAGCGAUUACAGGCCAUCUUUCGUCCUUGGAUUCGAGGCGUCAUCAAGGCACAGGUGCUGGAGCACUGUGAUCCAGACAAUCGUAACCUCAAUGGUAGCAUCAGCAGUUUGAAUGGCACAAAUAAUGAUGAAAACAAUCCACAAGCAGCAGCGUCAAAGCGGCCAAGCUUUGCUUUGCCCAGUGGGCAAGAGGUGGCGCUCGAGGUUUUUCAGCUCCAAUUGUGCAACAAAAUGGGAUUGAUUUUUUGGCAUUUUGGAGAAUACAAGACAGCAUUGGAGCUACUGGAGGAUGCCCUGGGCAUGACGGAACUCAUGUAUGGAGAGGAGCACGAAUCCACGGCCACCGUCUACCAGAACAUUGCCAACGUAUGCUUUGACAUGGGCCGCUACGAGGUGGCGCGAGAAACCUACCACAAACUAUUGGGCUUGAUGGAACGAUCCAAAUCGUCGUCGCAUCGCACGGCAGGAAUAUGUACCAAGCUGGGGAAUCUGUACCAGAUUAUGGACAUGCUGGACAAGGCCAUGGAAUAUCAUCAACGAGCCUUGACAAUACACAUCAAGAAUCACCACGGAAGCUCCAACAAUUUGCCAUCCGCCAACUCGUACAAAGACAUGGGAAAUGUCUUUUACAGCAAGGGAGACAAUGACGCUGCAUUGAUGGAGUUUCGAAAAGCAUUGGCGAUUCAACAAUCGGUCCUGGGAGGCGAGGAAAGGCACCCAGCGUUGGCACUCACCCACACACACAUUGGCAUGGUGCUCACCACCAAGGGCGAUUUGCAGGGAGCCCUGCAAGAGUACCAAACGGCGGCCAUGAUUCAGGAAGAAACUCUGGGUGCCGAUGAUUUACAAACUGGGGUCACCUACGAGCACAUUACAUCCAUCCUACUACGGAUCGAAGACGACCUCGAGGCGGCACUGGAGAUGUGCUGCAAAGCCAAGGCCGUCUACGAGAAUGCACUGGGCCACUACCACCCAACAACGGCAUCUACUUGGCAUACGCUAGGGGCAAUCCAGAACGACUGUGACAUGGUAGAAGAAUCUCUUCAAAGCUACCAACAUGCAUUGGAAAUUCGGGAACUGGUCCUCGGCGAAGAUCAUCCCCAGACUGCGGAAACCCUGCAAAGCAUUGGAACGCUCUUGUUUGAGAUUGGUGAUCUUGAUGAGGCUUUGGUCAAACUCCAAAAGGCCUUUGAGAUCUUGGAGCCAAUCCUUGGCAUAGAACACCCAACGAUCAAGGGACUUGCGGACACAAUCAACGAAGUGCUGGAGGCGUAGUCAGGAAACUGAGCUUGUCCUUGCCUGUUUGUUGUGUUGUACUUUAUGUUCAAAUUUUCAAAUAUCUGCUGAACUAGCUGUAGAUUAAUAACUUCCGGCUGUCUUUUUGUUUUGUUUUGUAACAUGGCAUUCACAUACAACU